AUGUACACAAAAUCAAGGGCUUUUGGGGAAGGAGAGUGGAGAAGAGUCACUCACAAACACAGAGUUCCGUCUAUUCAUCUCAAAUGGGACGUCUUCCCAGCAGGGGGAAGAAAUCGCAAUCACUGUGAAGAAGGGGUGGAGGUGUCGUCGUUCUUCAUUUAUGAUUUUCCUGACUUUUCCACGGCGAAGGACCUUUUCGAGCUGUUUGGUUGUAUCGGUAGAGUGGUUGAAGUUGCAAUAUCGCCGAGGAGAAACAACAGAGGAAGACGUUUCGGUUUCGCAAGAUUCAAGGAGGUGGAAGAUGUCAAGAUGCUUGGGGUUCGCUUAGAUAACGUCCAUAUUGCAGGUAACAAAAUUCACGCUAAUCCUCCUAGAUUUGUUAGAGGUGAAGUGCUGAAAGGGGUAAAGAGGCGUUUGGGGACGGAAGGAAGGACUGGCCCGGUUCUGCUCCAAUCCACAGAAUCGCAUAAGGGUGUGUUUGGAGAUUUUGGGGGGAGGAAAGCGGGUAGGAGUUAUGCCGAUGUUGUUCAAAAGGCUAAUGUCGAAGAUGGGAUCUGUCAGAAUUUGCCUUGUUCACUGAGUUUUUCAUCUAAAGAGGAGGACAGGAAGCGGUUUAGCAAGGCCUACAUGGGCAGAGUUAAAACACCAGGCUCUGCUUAUAAUAUUCAAACACACUUUGAUAUGGAGGGUAUGUUCGCGGUUAAGGUGUCACCUAUGGGAGGAAACAUGUGUUUAUUGGAAGAUAGGGAACCUGGUUUCAUAGAAGAUAUGAUUGGAGAGGGAGAAUCAUGGUGGAAAGAUUGGUUUGAGGACAUUAGAAGAUGGAAAGACGCAGACAGGGACGAAUCUAGAGUUGUGUGGCUUAGAGUUUUCGGAAUCCCGCCUCUCGUAUGGAAUUCUGAAUUCUUUAGGGCUCUCGGUGGAAGUUUGGGUGAGUUCAUUCGUAUUGAUGAACAUACAGCUAGUGGUGAAUGCUUCGAUGUGGCUCGUGUCAUGGUGAGAGUGAAAUUGUUCGCUGCUGUCCCAGAUUCUUUAAAGGUGAUUAUAGACGAUAUUCCUUUCUCGCUGUUGCUUAAAGAGGAUAGCUAUGGUUCGCCGUGGGCUUUUACAGGUAAUCCUAAAACUCAAAACCCUGGCCCCGAGUCUACGGAUUCGGAUGAUAGUUUAUCAAAUGAUUUAUAG